AUGGCACCUCUUUUAGAAGAAGAAGAGAAUUAUAUCCGAUUAGCCUUGUUAUUGAAAGGAGUGUCACCAAGAGCAGUCCGUACUUUCUUUGACAAGGAAUUUCCAUCUUCCUAUCUCCCAUCAACAUUGAAUAAAAACUACAAUACUCUCUACGACUUGUAUUUAAAGAGAAUCUUGAAUCAGACUCAGUGGAAUCUUUUGUUUCCAAAAAAUGGUGUACCUGAUUCCAAAACUUUUGAUGUAACAUUGAUGAUCUGUUUGAUCAGAAACUUGACAUCUGUCACUCCUCCAAUCAAUGGGUUUGACUAUCUACCACUACCAGGGGAGACAACUCCAGGAUCUGAUCUUGCCAGGAUUAAAUGGUACAGAAAUAUACUAGCUCAUCAUGAUAGUAACACUAUGGCAACAGGUGAUUUCAAUACAGCAUGGACAAAUGUAGUAGAUGCUGUAAGUCGAUUGGGUGGUGUGUCAAUAAAUCAAGAGUGUCAAGAGCUAAAGGUGAAAAUUUUAGAUCAGUCCAACCAGGAAAUUAUGCUGGAAAUCAAACAUUCACAGGAAGAAUUGAAGGAACUGAGACGAACAAUGGACAUUGAAAACUCAACCAUAAGGGAAAAUCUUAGAGAUUUGCAAGAUUCCCACAGUUCAUUGCAAACAGAACACUCAAGAGCUACACAUAAUCUAAGAGAUCUUCAAGAUUCCCACACUUCUUUACAAGCAGAGCACUCAAGCACUACCAAAAAUCUGAUAGAUCUGAAGGAUUUCCAUAGUACUUUACAAAUUGAACACUCAAAAGUCACAGAGAUUUUAAAAGACCCAGUACCAUGGAACAUAAGAGAACUAAUUAAUGAGGAAUUAGAGAACUGGAAAGAAGAUGACAAAAUAUUUAUAGAAACAAACGGAGCAAAAUGUGUAUUAAAGUGCAUUAAAGAAAAUGGUUGUGUUGUUGUCACAGCAAGUUCUGGUACCGGGAAAACAUCAUUGGUGCGCCACGUAGCUUUACAGAUGCAUAAUGAAGGCUAUGAGAUUUUACCAGUAUCAAAUCCUAAGGAAAUCAUCAAGUGGUACAAUCCAAUUAAAAAAAUGUUGUUUGUAGUGGAUGAUUUUUGUGGAACAUAUUAUUUAAAUCCAAUGAAGUUUGAAAACUGGAAAAAUAUGACGGAAAAAAUUAAAACAUUAGUAGAAAAGAAACAAGUGAAGUUAAUUAUGUCUUGUAGACUACAGGUAUAUAAAGAUAGGCAAAUGGAAUCGUUGUCAUUCUUUCAAGCAUAUGAAUGCAAUCUUCAGUCGGCCCAUUUGUGUUUAUCUAAAACAGAAAAACAAUCCAUUGCUGAAUUUUACCUGAAAACAAACGCUUCUGAUAUCAGUGAUUUGUAUGACAUGUUUGACUGUUUUCCUCUUUUGUGUCAAUUGUACAGCAAAAAUCCAAAACUGAACAUUGUAAAUUUCUUUACAAAUCCAUUUACAGUUUACAAAGAAGAGAUAGAUAAAUUACAGACAGAGGGAGCACAGGUCAAAUACUGUGCACUUGCUCUAUGUGUCAUGUUUAACAAUCAGUUGAAGGAAGAAUGGCUUACUGAACAUGUGGAUGAAAACAACAAAACAAUUAUAAAGAACACAUAUCAAGCAUGUAAAGUGGUUGCCUGGACGUCACGAUUGGUUUUACGUGAUGAGCUUGAUUCACUCACACAUACAUACAUCAGAAAGGAUGGUGAAGUAUACAGAACUAUACAUGAUAAACUAUUUGACUUUCUUGCUUUUUACUUUGGCAGUGUGAUGAUUUAUUGUUUAAUUAAAAAUGCUAACAGUCGUUUUAUUCGUGAAAGGUUUUCAUUUGAAAGAAAAAGCAAAAAUGAUGAAUUUACAAUUAUUGUACCAACGAGAUAUCAGCAAGGGUAUAUAAACAGAAUGGUAGAUGACUGGUCAAUAGGAAAGGUACAAGAUGUUUUCUGUAACAUCAACAUGGACAAUUGUAUCUUCAGAACACGAUUCCUUCUACAUAUAAAAGACUUGGCAAUAUCACAACAAAAACAAUUGUCCAGUUCAUAUGACAUUGAUAACAAUAGUACUCCAUUGAUACAAUGUUGUUUUAAAGGCGAUAUUGAUUUAGUUAAAUGGUGUCUAUGUCAUUGUACCAGUCAUGUUAACCAUUGUCGUAAUACUGAUAAAGUAUCACCUCUUUACAUAUCAUCUGCAUAUGGAUAUAUUGAAGUAGUUAAGAUGUUAAUAAACAAUAAGGCAAACAUUAAUACGUGUGAUAAUGAAGAGUGUUCACCUCUGUACAUUGCUUGUCAGAAUGGACAUACUGAAGUAGUUCAGAUGUUAAUAAACAAUAAGGCAGACAUUAAUAAGUGUAAUAAUGAAGAGUAUUCACCUCUGUACAUUGCUUGUUAUAAUAGACAUACUGAAGUAGUUCAGAUGUUAAUAAACAAUAAGGCAGACAUUAAUAAGUGUAGAGAUACUGGAGCAUCACCUGUGUACAUUGCUUGUCAGAAUGGAUAUACUGAAGUAGUUCAGAUGUUAAUAAACAAUAAGGCAGACAUUAAUAAGUGUAGAGAUACUGAAGCAUCACAUGUGUACAUUGCUUGUCAGAAUGGAUAUACUGAAGUAGUUCAGAUGUUAAUAAACAAUAAGGCAGACAUUAAUAAGUGUAGAGAUACUGAUGGAGUAUCACCUCUGUACAUUGCUUGUCAGAAUGGACAUACUGAAGUAGUUCAGAUGUUAAUAAACAAUAAGGCAGACAUUAAUAAGUGUAGAGAUACUGGAGCAUCACCUCUGUACAUUGCUUGUUAUAAUAGACAUACUGAAGUAGUUAAGAUGUUAAUAAACAAUAAGGCAGACAUUAAUAAGUGUAGAGAUACUGGAGCAUCACCUGUGUACAUUGCUUGUCAGAAUGGAUAUACUGAAGUAGUUCAGAUGUUAAUAAACAAUAAGGCAGACAUUAAUAAGUGUAGAGAUACUGAUGGAGUAUCACCUCUGUACAUUGCUUGUCAGAAUGGACAUACUGAAGUAGUUCAGAUGUUAAUAAACAAUAAGGCAGACAUUAAUAAGUGUAGAGAUACUGGAGCAUCACCUCUGUACAUUGCUUGUUAUAAUAGACAUACUGAAGUAGUUAAGAUGUUAAUAAACAAUAAGGCAGACAUUAAUAAGUGUAGAGAUACUGGAGCAUCACCUGUGUACAUUGCUUGUCAGAAUGGAUAUACUGAAGUAGUUAAGAUGUUAAUAAACAAUAAGGCAGACAUUAAUAAGUGUAGAGAUACUGAUGGAGUAUCACCUCUGUACAUUGCUUGUCAGAAUGGACAUACUGAAGUAGUUAAGAUGUUAAUAAACAAUAAGGCAGACAUUAAUAAGUGUGAUAAUGAAGAGUGUUCACCUCUGUACGUUGCUUGUCAGACUAGACAUACUGAAGUAGUUAAGAUGUUAAUAAACAAUAAGGCAGACAUUAAUAAGUGUAGAGAUACUGGAGCAUCCCCCAUAUUUAUAGCAUGUUAUAAAGGUCAUGCAGAGAUUGUUGAAUUUUUAUUGAAGCAUAAAGCAGACUGUAACCAUAAAUGGAAAGGACUUACACCAUUAGGUAUUGCUAAAAGAGAAAACCAUACAAAUCUUGUUCAUUUAUUGGAGAGAUGGAACAAACAAUCAAUAUAA